AUGGCAGAAACCUUCUUCACACCCGAAACCACGUCCGUCCUCGCAGAGAUCCUCGAACCCCAAUACAACGGCUCAGUCGGGCGCUCAGCAGCAUGGGCAGACGGGUAUGCGCACACCAGCGAAGGCCAUUUCUCGUAUCAGUGGCACUGGAUAGACACACACGAUCGUCAACCUGAGAACUGCAGUCUAGACUAUGCGCGGGACUGCGCAAAGGGCGGAUGCGUUGUUAGUGCUAUUGCGAACCAGACGAGGAUACUGCGGGAGUGCAUAGACCAGCAAAAGGAUGCGCUAACAAGCAAGGUCUGGGAUGGCUACAUACCCUACUUCGCGGCAAACGUCGACCAUCCCUUCUCGCACGAGUCGAUCGAUCCAUUCUUCUCUGGGCUCGUCGCUCGUAUUCGCAAAGACCAGUUCUACUCCGCGCCGUACAUGUGGCUCUCCUGUACCGACCCUUCCAUACCCGAGGAGUGCGCAACAAGUUGGGCGAAGGAGAGCAACAAAUGGGAUUGCGACUACGUGUGGAGUCGCGUAACGAACGACACAGAUCUUGGGACUAAUGGGUAUGCUGCAGGCGCUGUGCCCAUCGUAGAGCUUCAAAUAAGCAAGGCUGCGCUCAGACUGGGUACAUGGCUGAACAACUUGGUCGAAGGGGUCAAACCUACUGUGGAAGAAGAGGAAAUGAUGGAGCUUUGA